UGAAGAAUCACCUAAUCCUUCAAAUACUUCUGAAUUAACACUACCAAACAAAAUCUGCGAUAUUAUUAAUGAUGAUAAUUGGUGGCGACAAGUUCAUAAAGUAUUGGCAAUUAGUCAAUUACAUGGAAUACUUACUCAAAAUCACCGAAUUAAAGAACUGAAUAAACUUAAAAAACUUUAUAAAUCAACCUCUACAACUUUUUUAUUAGACUAUUCUGAAGAUAUAUCAGAUAACAUGUUAGAUGACUUUUCAACUGAUGAAAAUAGCUAUAUAGAAAUUGAAGAUUUCAAUGAAGACAAAGAUAAAGAAAAUAUUAUGGCAUUAUGGCUAACAUCAAAUGAAGCUGAUUCUAAAAAUUUAUUAGAUCUAGAAACAGCUAAUAUAGAUGAAUUACUAGCAAGUCAAGAGCAUCCA